AUGUCGAUGCGAGGUGGCUUUGUCCGACUGACGUUGUUGGUGCUUGGAGCGUUGUUUGUUGUGCUGCUCGUGCUGGGGACAGUGCAACGGGAUGGACAGUCCUUGCAGACGCAACUGACUGACGUCUCGCAUGCCACAAGGACAAGGUUGCGGCAACCCCCGCAUACAACGACGCCACCGCAAGAGCCUAUGGAUAAGGAGCUGGUGCAACAGCUGGAGCAGGAGCUGCCCGAGGUGGACUAUUCCUUUUGGUAUCUACAGGCCAAGCCAAAUCACUUAAGGCUGAACGGCACCUGUGCACGCUAUCCCGAUCCGCUGGAGCUGCAGCUCCACAACAUAUACUGGCAGACCUUUCUCAAUGCCAAUGUCACCUUUCGGCUCUUCGCCGCCUACCUCGACAAUCGGGUGGCGGUCAAAGAAGCUGUGGUCCGUGUGCUGGGCACGGCGGAUCAAAUCGGCGAUGCUUUUCCGCGUACCUAUUGCCAACUCUGGUACGAUAAUAAUCGUCGCCCAACGAUUGUCGAGGUGAGUGAGUUUGUGAGCGUGUGGCACUACAGCUGGGACCAUACACCACACCUUAACUAUCCGCAUCUGAUAAGCUGCCCGCUGCCCGAGAAAACGGCUGCCAUACCUCGAACGGUGUCAUUGGUUAGGCAACCCUGCGAUCAGGCCGUGAACUCCCUGCGAGUGCAUUACGAGCAGCCAGCGAGUACAACGGCCACUCCUCCCCCUUCUGGCGACAAGCUCAGAUUUGGGGUCUGCGUCAAGGGCUUCGACUUUCCCUACAUCGAUCUAUCCGAGCGUCUCAUCGAGUGGUUCGAGUUGCAACGCCUGUUCGGCGCCUCACGCAUCUACGCCUACAUGUACGAUGUACAUCCGAAGGUGCAACGCGUCCUAGACUACUACCAGCGCACGGGCUACCUCCAGCUACGCCCCAUCACGAUGGCCAAUGGAAUGCCCCGACUGCGCCACUAUCAGCACAUGCUGCUGCAAGAGCGGGUUAAGGUGAAGCGUCUGAACGAGCUGAUACCCUACAACGACUGCUUCUAUCGUAACAUGUACCGUCACGAUUACAUACUCAACGUCGAUGUGGAUGAGGUGAUCGUGCCACUGGGUAAGCAGCGAGACUGGCACGAUGUGGUCACGGGUGCACUGAAUCCGCCGAGCGCCAAAUGCGCCGACGGCUAUGCCGAGAUGUGCUUCUUCAACGCCUACUUCACGAAUGUCGUACCCGAACCGCACAAUCACGAGCAACUGGAAGCCGAUGAUGAGCUGUACGUGCUCCAGCACACCAUGCGACUGGCCAACUACUCGCUGCCGGGCCGGGCCACGAAGUGUUUUCACAACACGCGCUACUCAGUGGCGCUGCACAAUCACUACACCCUCAAGUGGCUGCCACCGGUGUGUCGGACGCGGCUAAUGGAAACAGAGCUGGCACAUAUGCAGCAUUAUCGGGAGCCGGACAAUAAUUACACGAUGGACAACCUGGUCGAAGAUCGCAGUGUCUGGAAAUAUGCCACGAAGCUACGGCAGCAAGUCGAGUAUGUGUGGCUGCAUAUGGAAGAUGCGAACGAGCAAAUGGAGCUGGAAGAGCAGAAGGCUUUGCACGAACUGGUGGAGGAGGAAGCGGAGCAGGAGAAAAUGGAGGAGGAAGUGGAAGAGGAGUCCCAAAUCGCGCAGAGCUGAGAAAGGUCCAAAGUCCCAAAGCUAUUUAUUAUUAUUUUUUUUUAUUAUAUAAUAAUAUUAUUAUUUAUACACAUUUCCUAAUCAGUUCCUUAAA